AUGAUUGUUAGAGAAUGGAUCCUUCUCAAUGAUGCAUUUGUACGCGACCUACAAAUGGCUGGAAAUGCGCCCGUUGGAAACAUCGCAAAUGCCAUUCAUAAUAAUAAUGCCCAGAUGGUACCUCAACUGCGGAUUCCAAAUCCUCGUAUAGAAGCAGUCAGAGCAGUUGAUGAGAACCCACUUGACAUUGAGCUAGACAGACUGAGAGCUGACUUCGGAGCUUUCGACGCUCCCCAAGCUGAAAGAGCUAAUGGAGAAAACGUAGCCCUUGAGGGUAGAGACCAGAAUGUUGAAAAUGCCAAUGCCAUUGCCAAUGAUAAUGCUAACGGCAGGGAUGGCCGAAUACAUCGUCCGCAAGAUUUUGCAUUACCAGUGAAUGUUCGUGAAGAUGAUUUCUUUUUUGGCGGAGUCGACGAUGAACCUGAAGAUCUGGGAGAAGUGGGUGAGGUUGAAGGUAUCCGUGAUAUAAUUGGCCUCAAGGGCCCUAUUGUGAACGCCUUUGCGACGUGUGCAGCCGCAACUGUUCUUUCAGCCAUUGCCUUAGCUUGUCUCUAUCUUUUACCGUAUGCGACAGGAAGACUUGUGGUCAUACUUCUCGGUGAAAGUGUAUCCCCAAUAUUGAAGUUUUACAAACAAACACUAGAAUCACAGGUCACUUGGGUUAACAACAUAUUCUUUGUCUUUGCUUCUUUUAUUGAUACGAGAAUAUUGGCUUCGAAUCCUGAUUUUUCUCUCGUCAAAUUUCACGAAGCUGUAAAAGACCUCACCUUUAAUCUAAUUAAUGGCAUACCUAGUAGUGUGAACAGUUCAAUCAUGAUCAGAGCAAGCAUUACUUCUAGGUUGCUUCUCACUUUCUUGGGCUACAGUAUUUCGGGUACCUUUCUGGCUGCAUUUAUUUCGAACUCCAAUCUUACGGCUUCACGUACUGGAAGGGAUAUGUUGAGAGUCUUGAAAGAAAUGGGGGCUAUUUGUAAAGUUAUCACUGUCAUUGGAAUUGAAUUGGUACUUUUUCCCAUAUUUUGUGGAUUAUUAUUAGACUUCUCAUUAUUGCCAUUAUUUGAAACGGCUUCAAUUGCUGACCAAGUCAAUUUUGCUGUCAAAUACCCGGUUAUUAGUACAAUACUUCAUUGGGCUUUGGGAACAUGUUAUAUGUUCAUUUUUGCAAUGUUUGUAUCCCUUUGUCGCAAAAUCAUGAGACCUGGAGUGCUCUAUUUUGUUCGGGAUCCUAACGACCCUAAUUUCCACCCCAUCAAAGAUGUUCUUGAUAGGGGAUUAAUGUCACAAUUGGCAAAAAUUGGGCUCUCUGCUUUGAUUUAUGGUGCAUUGAUAGUUCUUUGUCUAGGAGGAGUGAUUUAUACCUUGAGAUACUUGAACGUCGAAUUCCUCCCCGUUUCAUUUGUAUCGACUACUCGGGAGCAUAUUGUGAUAAUGAUACCAUUUUGCGCUGCCUAUUUCCUUACGCUCCCUAUCUUUAUCCGAACCGUUAGAAAUUUGAGUGUGAUGCGCAAGAUAUGGGCAUACGCUUUCGAAUCAUCCUGUUCGUAUUUACGAUUAUCAUCCUUCAUACUCAACAAACCUGUCCCUCAAGAGCAAGGCACAGUUCAUUAUGGAAGUAUUGCAGCUUGGUUUAUGUCCAGUAAACCAGACUACUCCCGACCAGUUACUAUAGAUGACAUUGCGAAGAAUGGUAAAUGGGAUGGGGCAUACUUUGUGAAGGAUGGUGGAUUUGUUCGCGCACCAGAUACUGACAGCAUCUCCUCCAAAAAGAAACUGAACCUCUUUAUACCGGUAACUAAGGACGAUGUAAGAUUGGAUGGAGUCGAAGAGGGAUCAGAAUCCAACGAACUGGAAAAAUAUUCCGUAGUGUACAGACCGCCGCACUUCAGGAUUAGAAUUGCUCUUUUGCUUUGCUGUAUUUGGGGAUAUGGUGCAUUAGUUGUUAUGAGUAUGAUCCUUAUUCCCAUCUAUACAGGGCAUGUUAUGUCACAAUUUUUAUUGCACCCUAUUUUUAAAGAUAUGUGUGACGUUUUUCAAUUUAUUUUGGGAUCUAUCCCACUGUUCAUUUUGUUUUAUACAGCUGACAACUGGGACCGCGUAAAGGAAAAGUUCCUAAACGAAUAUAAUCAGCUCCGACAGUCACCGCUCGCGUCAUCAGAAGCUGCGUCUGGAAUUGUUCAUUUGUUUAAGCUUCUGUUUAGUAUCUUGGUAUGCUUAGUAGUUCCUACAGCUAUUGGUGGCAUCCUUGAUCUAUACAUAUCAUCACCACUAUAUCAUGUUCUCUCGUCAGAGAUUGUUUAUUCUAAGUCUAUGUUGACGAAGUUCAUAAGUGGUGUACUUUCUAUCUUAUUGGCAAAGAAUGUUGUGAUGCAACACGCACCAAACUCGUCAUUGGCACGUAGUUUUAGAGCGCUGUCCGAAAAUGGGUGGAUUGGUUACCAGAAUCCGAUGGCCGCUACUAAGUUACUACUGCCGUUAAUGUCGAUUCUGGGUUUGGCUGCUAUUUGCCCUCCCUUUUUAUGUUGGGCAUUGCUUAAAAUCUGGUAUCAUGACGUCUCACCAGAAACACAGGCUCGGAUGUACGUGUUCUGCUAUCCAGUGCUUGUCGUUUGGAUCGCCCUUGAUCUAGCGAUUUAUAGCGUUAGAACGGCAAUAAAAUUAUGGGUUACGAAGGCCCGUGAUGAUAUUUAUUUAGUUAGUCGCCAAUUGGAGAACUUAGAGCAUUAG